CAUCAUAUGCCGUAGCCCGACAAUCGUGAACUCUCAACUGAAUGUGACAGCGGGAUAAAUUCGCGAUCGCCGAAGCGCCAAGUAUAGAAGUUUGCCAAAGGCGUUGACAUACUAGUACAUCGCCGUUGUCAGUUCAUGUGUGCGUUGGCGCGUUUUUCCGAAGCGUCGGAAAGCGCCGCGUCGCCACCGCGGCCAGGCGAAUGAGCGAUGAGUGAGACACCCGCGUCAACACCAACCACAAGCAGUGCACCAACAAAGCCAUCCGGCAAUGACACCACCGCCGGCACGCCGAAGAAACAGCGGGCGCAAAACUUCUGCUAUGCACCGCGCUGUCGCACAGGCCAGAAAGGCGCGCCGCGGUUCUCGAUGUUCACCGCGCCCAAGGACCCAAAGGUGAGGAAGAUAUGGCAGUACAACCUGCGCCGGCUCGACAAGCCGCUCACCCAGUUCUCGUCGGUCUGCGAGCGGCACUUCGACCCUCGUUUCAUCGUGCGCGACUACGUGCACAUCAUAAACGGCGCCGAGGUGCGGAUACCCCGAGGCAAGCCGAGGCUCGCCGAAGGCGCCAUUCCUACGCUGCUUCCCGACUUGCCCGGGUACCUCUCGAAGAAGCUGCCCAAGCAGAGGCCGACCAAAGGCAGGCAACUGUCGGAGCCCGUGGUCAAGACCAACCUACCGUCGCCGCCGCCGCCGCCUCCAAAGAAAAAGAAGCAGCUUCAACAAGAUCCCGGCGACAACGAGUCCAGCGAUCAACAAGCCGACGACUCCGUGUGUCAGGACAGCAGACCCGACAGUCUGUGCUCCGAAGACACGGACACUACCGCCAGUGGUACCGGUAAUCAAACGGCCAAGGGGGCUCGGCCAGCCCCCGAACUUAAGGUGGUUCGGCCAGCCCGCGAACCUCCACUGACGAUAGAACGCCUCAGGAAGGAAAACAUCGAGCUUCCUUCGGUGGCGUGGUGCCUCCUCGGAACUCGAGACCCGUACAGGGUGGUGUUUGCGACGACCGACGUGAAAAAGGUUGCGCCGGAUUCGCUCACGGUGACGCACCCGAAGCUGGUCAGCUUCUCGACCAGCACCGACGGUCCGGAAAUCGUGGCCGAGGCGUACUUCCAGGGCACCCUAUGCUGCAAGUCGAUCGUCACGACGCUGGACGCGGCGAAGGUGAUCCUGCAGGACGCGAACGCGACACACAUGUGCAAGGGGGCGAUGACCCCGAGCGAGUUCGAGGAUUGCUGCCGCAGCAUCACCGUGCAGCUGCUGCUGAAGAUCGGCAAGAACGACGAGGGCACCGUGUUCAGCCUGGAGUGCACGAGAAACGUUGAGACGGAAGGAACAGUGUGCGUGCCCUGCAAGGUGCUACGAAAAAAUCUGCAAAGCAGGAAGUCCAGAGUGCUAAAAAAACUGAUGAAGGAGUGCCUUGACGACGGAGAGCCAGACAGCCCCGAGCAGACGACACAGGAGAGUGCCGUCUGCUCUCCUGCUCCAGAGGAGCUGAGAAACGGCUCGUAACAAGUGCUUCAACUCUCACCCAGCAUAGGAUUCCAUAUGAGUGGUCACUGGAGGGUUCCUAGUGUCUGCUGGAGCUGCCACUAUGGUGGUUCGUUUUAAGGACUCUGUACAGUGUGUGCAUGGCUUGUAAUAGUUGGCUUUUGGUCAUCCCCGUGGCAUCGUUCACUACUAAAGUAGCACUACAAGUGAACUAAAUGUGUGAAAUUGUCUGAUGUUGGACCCACGAUGGUCGUUUGCUCUGCUGCUAGGGCUAAAAUUUCAAAUCUGUUAUUUUGUCAAGAUUACCUUAUGUGGCAGUGAUUAGUUUAAUGCAAACUUUGGAGUGUGACCGUUGAUCAGUCUUCCAAGCUCCUCGCAGAACAAGUUCUCUGAAGGCUAAGAAAGACCACUGAUGCUCAAGCUAGAUUUAUGGAACAGACCAGAUUUCUAAUUAACUUCACAGAUGAGUGCGAUUUAGCUCACUACUGCCAAAACAUGCUGCACAUAGGCAUGGUAGAAGCUAGGUGCUUGAGGCAUGAUCUGCUGCAGUUCAGCCAGUCGUGCAUAUCUAGCAUUAGCACCAUCAAUGCAUUAGAUUGCCAUUUAUUAAAGCAUAUAAAUCUUUGUGACAAACUGAAUCGCUUCUGAAUUAUCAAUGCGCUUGUCUUUAGAGAAUGAUGUAAUCAGUUAGACCAGAGAACUAAGAAAAUUAUACACUGGUAACAGAAGCCAGAAACAUAUCUAUAAGCCAAGCCCACAGACGAGUCAAGCAAAGUCUGCCUUCUGCUUGGCGUUCACAUAUUGGUUGAGCUGCUGUGUCACUAGGAUACCCUCCCGUAACAUUUCCAUGAACUCUGUGCUUGCUAUUGUUAGCCCAUCUGGGCUCUCAUCGACAGCGUCUUACAAAAGCCAUCAUUGUCUCUUUUUUUUUUUUAGUCUUUUUUUUUUUUUACAAACACAGUCAAUGCAAUACAGGUAAUAUUUGGAAAUGUGUUUUAUUCCUUCUUCAUUUGUAUAAACAAACACUAUGUGAAA